AUGCCGUGCGUGGGGCUCAUCGCAGUGUAUGCACCAGAAGAGAAUGCCUUCUUCGCCACCAAAGCCUUCAAAUCUCAUCCCAAACAUCCCUUCGUGGAUCUUGCAGUAAGAAGAUUCAGGGCGGGAAAGGUGCCCGAUGGCAAAGCUAUCUAUGUCAGAUGUGGGGUUGGACUGACAAGCUUGUCGAAUGAUUAUGCGGUGAUAGUGAUAAGAGGUCUGUCGGAUUUAGCAGGAGCACAGGAAGGGGAUAAUCACAUCGAUCUGUUUGGAUCUCUUGGAUCAGCCAAUUUUGUCAAAACUGCUGCUCAGUUCUUGAAGAUUUAUACACAAAACAACCUCCAUAUAAGCUAUCGGACAGCUCUUUGGGCAUGGGAUGCGAACGAGGACGAGACCAAACUGAUCACCAACAUUCCUAUUGCGGCUGUGGCCGCGAAAAUCUGUGGUCUUUAUCUGCAUUCUUCGAUGAAAACCGUUCUAGUCAAAAGUCCCAUUAAUCUCUUGAACUCUCGGUCAUCAUCUUCAGCUGCUCUCUAUUUUCUUCCUUCGAUUUCUCUAAGAAACCAUAGUUUUCUCCUAUUCUCUGGUAGAAAAUGCACUCAUGGCUCUAAAUUUCCCAGAUUUUGUUCCUUAAGAGCUUCUUGUGCUCCUAACUCUGCUGUUUACGGCGGAUGGGAUGAUCUGGAAAUCGCUAGUGCAUCGGAGGGAAACGGUGAGUCGGAUGUGCUUCGUAAUUUUCUCAAUUCUGUGGGACUUGAUGAUAGGAAGAACAUUUUCGUUUUCCUGUUGGGCCUCGUGUGUGCACUGGCAAUUUCUAGGGUUAAGGUUUCGUCCAUAAUUCUGCUUCCGGCUUCUGUGUUGGUUUUUGCCACUGGUUUUACUGUAGGGUUUUUUCGUGAUGUAGCCUUCAGUUUUGAUGAUGUAAGGACAAAUAGAAGUAAGGAACGGGUAAAGGACGAAAAUUUGAACUUGUCUGCUGAGAAAUUGAGGAGCUUGGUGAAAUUUUUUGAUGAACUUGAUACUCAAGUUAAUAACUUGAAGAGUGAUGUGCAAAGAGCUGUCAGAAAUAAUAAAAUUAAAGUGGCAGAUUUGGAUGGUUAUGUUAAAGUUACAGAUUCCAUCAGGCUAUCAGCAUUAAAUGCUAGGAAUAUUGUCACUAAUUUAAUCGAAAGUGAGGAACAUUCUAGUGGUGUUUUGGUUGGGAAACACAAGCCUGCUCGAAGAAAGAAAGAAGUUGGUGAAAUUGGGUACUGGAUGCUACAGUCUAUUGGUAAUUUGAUUGGAGAGAAUUCGCUAACCUCCAAUUCAACCAAAGUUAGAGAAAAUGUCACACAGGAGACAACUAAUAAAGAAUUUUCACAAACUCGAGGGAAUAAUAGUACUCCUCUUGUUAAAGGUGAGUCUUUAAAUUCAGUUCAUGAGCAUAAAACAUAUGGCAAUUUGGAUUCGUCUCAUGAUUCUUUGAGUAUGUCCGAUUUGGGAGCUGAAGGAAAAGGCAGUACAAAUGCAAGUUGUGAGAAAGAAAUUUUGGAUUCCGAUGGUCAGGACAGGAGCGCCAAAAGAUUCCCUGACAAAAAAGAAUACAGGCACCGCCAGAACAAUAGCUUGCAAUUCUCAGAUAGUCAUAGCUUUUCUGUGAAGUUCAAUUCCAGCAGCAUUAGAGAUAUAUGGGAACCUCGUGAUAAUCUGCUCGAUUCUGAAUGCACGGAAAGUGAAUCUUCCUUUGUGCAUGAGCAGAUGAUCAACAGUGCUCAUGAAACUCACAAGGCUUCUCAUAAGAAGGGAGAAUAUGGAACAUAUGGGUCUCCAUAUACAAAAAACGGGGAGAGCAGCGAUAAUCACUGCAAUGUUUCCAAUGACUUGUUUACGCAUGAGAGUGAAUUGAAUGUCUCUUCGUCUUCAAAGAUUUCUAAUGAUAUUGUGUUUGAUGGGUAUCUUGCUGAAGCAACAGACCUUUUAAAGCAAGCCAAAGAGUGUAUGAAGGGUAGGUGUGAGGAAGAUCAAGCUGAAAUCAUGUUGUAUAAGUCUGCCAAGUUACUUUCCAGAGCUGUAGGCUUAAAGCCUAUGAGUUUAUUGGCUGUAGGCCAGCUAGGGAAUACAUAUCUUCUCCAUGGAGAAUUAAAGUUAAAGAGUAGUCGCGACCUUAGAAUGCUUCUUUCCGGAAGCAUCACUUCAUCAUCCGGAAAACAAAGUAGAAUACUGAAUAGACUGCAAAACAAAAUCACCAGUAAAGAAAAUCUUGCACCUACGUUAAUUGAUAUAUGUGAGGAGUGUGAGGAACUACUUAUAGAGGCAGGCAGAAAAUAUAAGCUGGCAUUGUCAAUUGAUGGGAAUGAUGUGAGAGCCCUGUAUAAUUGGGGUCUUGCUUUGUUUUUCCGUGGGCAAUUGAUAUCAGAUAUUGGACCGGCUGCAGCAUACGAGGCUGACCGAGUGUUCUUAGCUGCAAUUGACAAAUUUAAUGCGAUGUUGUCCAAAGGCAAUGUUUAUGCUCCUGAUGCUUUGUACAGAUGGGGUGUGGCAUUGCAGCAAAGGUCUCGCUUGAGGCCAUCCAGUAGCAAGGAGAAGGUGAAAUUGCUACAACAAGCUAAAAGGUUAUACGAAGAUGCUCUUUACAUGGACUCCGACAACAUCCAACUGAGGGAUGCCUUAUCUACAUGUGUCACUGAGCUCAAGUUUAGGCAAUUGCGAUAAGAAGUUAUUAUUAUUAUUUUUUUCUUUUUGCCUGAAUUGUAAUCAGUUUAUUGAUGGAGUCAAUAACAAUAAACCUUAUCCCACUAAAUAGGAUUGCUUGUUCAUUAAAAGAGUCAAUAAGGAAAAAUCAAUAUGCUUCCUUCCAAGCAUGUAUUUUAUUUUUUUGAUAUUGAUUUUUUCAAUUUAAAAUUUCAUCUCUAGGAGCUUGCCUAUGAAAACAAAGGAGGCGUCUUAUUCCUGUGA